AUGGAAAAUGACUUGCAGAACAUCCUUACUCUCCUAAUGAUUAUACAGUUCAUAUUUGGGAAUUUGAGCAACGGAUUCAUCGUACUGAUAAACUGCAUAGACUGGGUCAAUAAAAGAAAGAGUUCCUUAGUUGAUCAAAUCCUCAUUGUCUUGGCAAUUUCCAGAAUUAUUCUGAUCUGGGAAGUAUUAGUAAGUUGGUUUAGCACCAUAUAUCAUCCAUUUUUACUUAUGAAAGAAAUAGAAGUAAGAAUUAUUACUUUUUCCUGGAUAUUUGCCAAUCAUUUCAGUCUCUGGUUUGCCACGAUCCUCGCCAUCUUUUAUUUGCUCAAAAUAGCCAGCUUCUCAAGGUCUAUUUUUCUCUAUCUGAAGUGGAGAGUAAAAAAAGUGAUUCUGAUGAUGCUGCUAGGAAACUUGAUUAUCUUGAUUUUAAAUCUAAUACAAAUAAAUAUAUAUAUCGAAGACUGGAUUUAUGGAAAUGAAAGAAACACAACUUGGAAUUCCAGAAUGAGUGAUUUUGCAACAUUUUCAGACCUGGUUACAUUCAAUAUGACUCUGUUCUCCACACCUCCAUUUACUGUGGCCCUGAUUGCUUUUCUCCUGCUAAUCUUCUCCCUGUGGCAACAUCUCCAGAAUAUGCAGCACAAUUUCAAAGGACCCAAAGACCCUAGGACCAGUGCCCACAUAACAGCCUUGAAAAUUAUGAUCUCCUUCCUUCUGCUCUAUGCCAUUUACUUUCUGUCUCUUUUCAUAUUAUGGCUUUUGAAGAUGCAGAAUAAGCUGGUCCACAUUUUGAUUCUGAAUUUUGGAUUCAUCUAUCCUUCAAGUCACUCAUUUAUUUUGAUUUGGGGAAACUUCAAGUUAAGGAAGCCAUUUAUUUUGGUGUUGGCAGCUGAGGUGUGGGCUAAAAGAUGA